AUAAUGGAAAGUGCAUUUAUAUUCGGAUGUCUCUUUGGUAUGGGAAUCAAAAUGACUGUAAGUAGAGUAAUAAGACAACCUUUACUUUAUAGUAAGAAAUAAUCAAAUAUUAGGAUGUCAUCAAUAUCCAAAAUACAUGUUUUUGACUGGAUUAGCUUUUUCAGGAUUUGAUUGGAUUAGACGUCUAUCUUUAGAAACAUUAUGUGAGAAAGAAGAAUUAAAUGAAUACUUAAUUCGAACUGCUCGCAUUAAUUAAUUAGCAACAGGAGCUGAAUCUGUUGGAGAUUACAAGAACGAGUUUGUUUAAAUUGCCGUAAAUGAGCACAUUUAUUGAUAAAU